AGUGAUGGAAAUGUGCCACGUCUGUGCUGGGCGGUGUGACAGAGCCCAAGGCAUGGAUGGCUACCUUGCCCCUCCCCCCUGAACUAUGCAGGAAGAAAGGAAGGGAAGAGAGGAGCAAGAGGAAGGGCAAAUAUCCCCCUCUGAGCCACUGUGCAUGUCUAUUCCUGAAGUCAGGUCGUCGCUCGUUUACACACAUUCCUGGCUUACCCUAGAGCUCCUGGAGGCCAGAUGUCCUCUCCAUCUUCACACACAUGAAGGCCAGCAGAGGCCAGGCUUAGACUGAUCACUCAACGUGCCUGUUGAAACAUUGUAUGAAUUGAUGCCCUCUGCUCUAAUCCUCAUUUUCAAAACUAUCCUUCCAGUUCUAUUCUGGGGAUAAAAGGUCAGAGCCCGACACUGUCUCCGCCUCCAUUCUCAAGCCAGAUGGGGAGGCAGGAACAACUGGGAUCCCUCCCCAACCCGAGUAGGGAUUUCUGACCCAGCUGUCACACAGCUCUAAGGGAGCCAAGGUGACCGAGGGAGAGGCCAAGAGAGGCAGGAAGAGUUGGCAAAGGAGUGGUAGAGAAGGAAAGGAGGCUGAGCCGCCACGGGGGACAGGAAGGGGGGGAGCUGUCUUGAGAUUGGCGCCUGGUGAGCUCUGCCCUGCACCCUCCAUGCAGUUUCCCAUGGGCCCCGCCUGCAUCUUCUUAAGAAAAGGCAUCGCUGAGAAACAGCGGUGAUGAAGGUGGUGAUGAUGCUGGAGGUGCUGAUAACAAUAGAUGCCACUUUUUUUUUUUUUUUUAAAGAAGAUGUUGGGGGAAAGACCACUGGGACCAGAUGAGAUUGAAGAGCUCCGGGAAGCAUUUCUUGAGUUUGACAAGGACCGAGAUGGGUUCAUCUCUUGUAAGGAUUUGGGGAAUCUCAUGAGGACAAUGGGUUACAUGCCCACGGAGAUGGAACUGAUUGAACUGGGCCAGCAAAUCCGCAUGAACUUGGGUGGCCGUGUAGAUUUUGACGAUUUUGUGGAGCUGAUGGCCCCCAAAUUGCUUGCAGAAACAGCUGGGAUGAUUGGUGUCCAGGAGAUGCGAGAUGCUUUCAAGGAAUUUGAUGCCAAUGGAGACGGGGAGAUCACCCUGGGAGAGCUGCAGCAGGCCAUGCAGAGGCUCCUGGGAGACAAGCUCACUCCCCAGGAGAUCUCCGAGGUUGUCCAGGAAGCCGACAUUAACGGAGACGGCACCGUCGACUUUGAAGGCUCGGGAUCCCUCGGUGCUCCGGUAACACCCACGCAUGCCUCUGCAGUGAUACUGGCACGUGACAUCACAAUAGCUUCCAAUCGUUGAUUGCCUGUUUCCUUCUGAGGCCACAGACUAAAUCUUUCAUCAUUAUACCCCAAUUCCUAGCAGAGAGCUCAGCACAUGUGUUUUGAGUGAUUGGAUAAAUGAGAAAUAUUGGAGUCUUGAGCGGAUGGGGGGGGAUCAUUUUUGUGGGAGACAUCAAUAGGGCACGUCAAGUUCCCAUCGUGACAUUCUCUGGUUCAAAUUCUUAGUCUGAUAUUCAAGUGCAUCCAUGAUGCUGCCCCAGUUACCCACCCACCCAGCCUCUAUCUUCUACAACCACUCUCUGAAUUUUUAUGCUCUGAUGUACACUUGGUACUGCUCUGUGUUCUCCAACUUCUGUUCCUUUCUCCCUGAUGUUCCUUCCACUUACCACACCUUUCCCGUGUUAUCAAUGCAUUUUCAAAUCCUAUCCAUCUCUCAGGAGUUCAUGCCAGUGCAACCUCUGCUAAGAUGCUUCCCUUCAUCCUUAUGUGGUGUAGUAGUCCUAGCUGUGAAGACUUACAGGGAUUUUUCUCUUCCUCUCCAAAGGAAGUUAUGACUGCAGACCUUGAGUUACAUUUGCCUCCUGGGUUGUGAAUUUCUGUGGGGCAGAGGGAGCUUCUCUAACCCAUCUCUGCUGUGACAUUCCCAGCAUAGAAACUUAGUAGACGUUUGUUGCAUGGAUGCCUGCUGGAUCUAGCCAGGCUCAGGUGCAGAGCAGGCAUCAAUGAAAAUCUGGGAGAGGUACAAUGGUUUCAGGAAAUAGUUCCUCCGGCCAAUCACAGGCAAGGGAAGGACAGAGGGGCCUCGAGACCUGGGUGGGACCAAUAAGUAAGUCCACCUGACUUUGAGUCCUAGCAAAGUCAUGGGUUCAUUCCAGGGUUCUCCAUUCACCAUCCACGUGAUCUCAGCCAUGUUGGUCAACCUCACCAGCCUCGGUUUGCUUAUCUGUGAAACGGUACUUACCCCUCCAAGAUCGGUUGAAAAGUUGAAAUCAGAGACUCAUAAUGACAAUUUAUUGAACACCGACUGUGUCUUCUAAGCAUUCUGUUGUUUAACCAUCUUAAAAAUCAUAGAAGGUAAAUAGCAAUCCUAUGAUUCCCAUUUUGUAGAUGAAGAAAUCAAGGCAUAGAGGGGUCAGGUUAUUAAUUUCCCAAAGAUCACCAGUGGUUCCUGACACAUAGUAAAGGCUGGAAAAAAUAAUGGCAGGUACUCUUACAAAUAGGUACCUCACUGAGCGGGGAGGGAUAAAUCAGGAGCUUGGGAUUAACAUACACACACACUACUAUAUAUAAAAGAGAUAAACAACAAGGACCUACUGCAUAGC